ACCAAACACAAAUCAAUUGUGAAUGGCAACCACUAGAGUGUUACGUGCCUCUAGACCAAUUCAACUUCCUCCUCCUCUUUCUUCUUCUUUGUUCAUGAAAUGUGUACGGUACCAAAGCAGGGCCAGCUUGAAUAAUGGAGAUCAUAACUUAGCUUCUACGAAGGGAGAAAGAAAACCAGUGGUAGCAGUGAAGGCAACGAUGGCUAUCACUGAACACAUAACCACAUCACAACCAGUGAUUCAGCAAGGCUUGUCAGAUUUAGCUGCUUUAAUAGCUACUAUUCGCAAUGCUUUUUUGCUUCUUUUGCGGGCUGUUGUCAAAAGGAAACUACGCAAUUUGACACCGCAGAUUCUCAUUGAAAGGGCAAUAAUCGAUUGCAGAUUUUUUACGUUGUUCGCAGUUGCAGGAUCUUUACUUGGUUCGGUAUUGUGUUUUGUUGAGGGUUGCCUUCUAGUUAUGGAGUCAUACGUGCAUUAUUUCCAUAUGUUAUCUGAAAGGUUGGACCAAGGACAUUUGGUGCAUCUACUCAUCGAAGCCAUAGAUGCGUUUCUGAUAGGAACUGCCUUUUUCAUUUUUGGGGUGGGUAUGUACGUCAUGUUUGUGGGAUCAAGCACCAGCACUAGUAAAGAAACGGAACCACAUCUUUGUGGAUCAAACUUGCUAGGUCUCUUUUAUAUGAAGUCAACCCCUCGGUGGGUAGGGAUGCAAUCAAUUGCAGAAGCGAAGUCGAAGAUUGGGCAUGCAGUGAUGAUGAUUCUUCAAGUGGGGCUAUUAGAGAAGUUCAAGGACAUUCCCUUAGUCACAGGCCUUGAUCUUGCUUGCUUCGCUGCUGCUGUACUCACUUCCUCAGCAUGCAUCUUUGUCCUCUCUAGACUUCAUCAAUAAUAAUUAAUGUAAAGUGGAAUUAGUUUCUCAACUUAUAUUCAUAAUUGCCAUAGUAUUUUUAGAAAUAAGCUAUUCUUUCUAGGCCAAAAGAAAAAUAGAUGCUUCUGUUCCUUUACGAUAGAGUUCAAUUUAUUCAUAUACAUGUGUG